UUUGGCCACGCCCCCGGGAAAGAGAAGUCACCCGACCAACAAGCGAAGCGCUGCAUCGAUCCAUAUGCGAAGCGGCGCCCGGCCGGAAUCCGACGAAUCCGGCGAUGGAGCCACCGCCCCUCGACCAACCUCCGGCGGAGUCCUUCGACGGUGGCACGUCGUCGCACUCCGUCCCCAUGCUUCUCCCCGUCUUCAUCCUCUUCUUCUUUCUCCUCUGUUUCCUCUCCGUCUUCCUCUUCCGCGACCUCAUCCACUACGCCACCGCCUGGCUCUCGCGCAGUGGGGCCGGAGGAGGGGGCGGCGACGGGGGCGGAGGGCUGGCUGUCGGCGGGGAGAACCAGGGUGAGCCGGGGCUGGACCCGGCGAUCAUCGCGUCGUUCCCGACGCUGCCAUACUCGGCGGUGAGGGGGGUGCAGGAGGGGAAGUGCGGGGCGGAGUGCGCUGUGUGCCUGGCGGAGUUCGCCGGGGGAGACGCCAUAAGGUUGCUGACAGUCUGCUGCCACGCCUUCCACCCGGCCUGCAUCGACUCCUGGCUCGCCUCCCACACCACCUGCCCCAUCUGCCGCUCCGACCUCGAGGCGCCGCCCGAUGAGGCGGCGGUCCUGGCGGUGAGGGAGGCCGUCGGCGAAGUGGACGGCCAUGCGAUCGACUUAGUGGUAGAGAACGGGGAGGGGCACUCGGGUCGGAUGCGGAAAUCGCGAUCGAGGAGCCUCUCGAGCGCCAUGGACAGGGCGGAGCGCGGAGAAGGAUAACGAUAGGAACACGAUAAAGGCUGAAAGAGAGCCGCGGAGGAGCGAACCAGCCGUUACUCUUCGCGCCCGAAAAACAGGCGAUGACUUCGCGGACCGGACGGUCCCAACUCCCAAACUUUUCACACCAAUUCUUAUUUUUUUUCUUUUUUUUGGUCUUUAAUUUUUCACCUUCUCCCCUGCAAAACAAUGCAGCAUCUUAUAGAAUUGCACCAUAAAGUUAGAGCCUAGUUCUGCUUAGGGGUUCGAAAAGGGACAAAAAAAAAGAGAAAAAAAUUGAAAAGUUUUUCCACAAUUCCGUUGCUUCGUUAGCUUGUUCUCCCUCGACUGGAUUCUGUACAUACAAUGGAAAAGUCUUGUGAAGUUACUGAUGUGCUGUUUCUUUUCUUUUCUUCCCCCGCAAUUGAGUUUUGGGGUUCCCUACUUUCUUUUGUUGAUAAUAUCUGAAAUAACAGGGAGUCUAUUUAUUGAUCAAUUGCUGUUAGUAUACAAUGAUC